AUGCAAAACGCCCGUGAGGUGCGAGGUGCGAGGCGACGUCGCCAUAUGCUCGUGGUAACCAAGACCUUGUCGAAAAAUACCAAGAUGGCGUCACCAAACCAACAUACCCGAAAUGGAAGAAACUUCGACGCGAACAGUCGACGAGUGAUGCUAAAUGUACAGCAUCAGAGAACAUCUGUCGGCAAAACCGGAUGCGAGAAUGGCCAGAAAACCGGAUAUCGAAGGACGAUGUUCCUGUUGUAG